CGAAGAAUCAUUGAUUAAUAGCCUACAUGCAUUGUAUUUAUUGUUAGAAUCACUUAAACUACAUGAGAAUAUCUAAGUUUGAUGCUUUACAUAAAGACGUGUUUUAUUCAAUAGAUUGUUAAACUAGAGAAAAUUUGUGAGAUGGAUUCUCAAUUUGUGACUUGUUCUCAUUAUCGAAAAUUGCUAUUAAUACUUUCUUACAAUCUCAGAUGAAGUAAAAGCUACAAUUAAAAUUGAUAAAUUUCAUGGAUGUUUUAUUCCAUCAUUCAUUUAAUAUUAUGAGCUAAUGUUAGAAAUCAGAUAUCAUAAGUUAAUUUUUGUCAGGAAACUUUGAAUUACAAAAAGGAGUAUUGAAUAUCAAUUGAAAUCAAUACUUAUACCUUGAAUAUGGGUAUUAUAAAGUUCAAUUGAACAUAAAUGCAAAUGAUUUGCCAUUAUAAUUUAAUGCUAUAAUUUUUUAAAUGAUGAUAAUAUUACAAUAAUAAAAGGCAAAAUCUCAUUAACC